CAACUCUCCACCUCCAAGGUCCAAUCCAAACAACACACACUCUCUCUCCUCUCUCUUACUUUUCCUCCUAAACUCUGGCGAAUGAAAUAACAAGUCGUCGCUAGCUAGAUACGACAGCGACCGAUGGGAGCGGAUUUGAAAUCAGUAACGGCUUCCUGCACCGUCCUCGCCGUUAUCUUACUGCUCUGUGGUGGCGGUGCGGCGGUGGAGGAGGAUGAGAACGAGUUCCACGGCGACUACUCGAAGCUUUCAGGUAUAAUCAUCCCGGGAUUCGCGUCAACGCAGCUGAGAGCGUGGUCGAUCCUCGACUGUCCUUACUCCCCGUUGGACUUCAAUCCUCUCGACCUCGUUUGGCUAGACUCCACUAAGCUUCUCUCUGCUGUCAACUGUUGGUUUAAGUGUAUGGUGUUAGAUCCUUAUAAUGAAACGGAUCAUCCCGAGUGUAAGUCACGCCCUGAUAGUGGUCUUUCAGCCAUCACAGAAUUGGAUCCAGGCUACAUAACAGGUCCUCUUUCUACAGUCUGGAAGGAGUGGCUUAAGUGGUGCGUUGAGUUUGGCAUAGAGGCUAAUGCAAUUGUCGCUGUUCCUUACGAUUGGAGAUUGUCGCCAACCAAAUUGGAAGAGCGUGACCUGUACUUUCAUAAGCUCAAGUUGACAUUUGAAACUGCUUUAAAACUACGGGGUGGUCCUUCUAUAGUUUUUGCCCAUUCUAUGGGUAAUAAUGUCUUCAGAUACUUUCUGGAAUGGCUGAGGCUAGAAAUUGCACCAAAACAUUACUUGGAGUGGCUUGAUCAGCAUAUCCAUGCUUAUUUCGCUGUUGGAGCUCCUCUUCUUGGUUCAGUUGAGGCAAUCAAAUCUACUCUCUCUGGUGUAACGUUUGGCCUUCCUGUUUCUGAGGGAACUGCUCGAUUGUUGUCCAAUUCUUUUGCUUCUUCGUUGUGGCUUAUGCCAUUUUCAAAGAAUUGCAAGGGUGAUAACACGUUCUGGACGCAUUUUUCUGGUGGUGCUGCAAAGAAAAAUAAGCAUGUAUACCACUGUACUGACGAGGAAUAUCAAUCGAAAUAUUCUGGCUGGCCCACGAAUAUCAUCAACAUUGAAAUUCCUUCCCCUGACGGCCUUGAUGGGUAUCCAUCAGUUACAGAAGCAGUUAAAGCCAACAUGACCAACAUGGAAUGUGGUCUCCCCACUCUAUUGUCUUUCACAGCCCGUGAAUUAGCAGAUGGGACUCUGUUCAAAGCAAUUAAAGACUAUGAUCCAGAUAGCGCGAGGAUGUUACACCAGUUAAAGAAGUUGUAUCAUGAUGACCCUGUUAUGAACCCGCUGACUCCUUGGGAGAGACCACCUAUAAAAAAUGUAUUUUGCAUAUAUGGUGCUCAUUUAAAGACAGAGGUUGGCUAUUACUUUGCCCCAAGUGGCAAACCUUAUCCUGAUAAUUGGAUCAUUACGGAUAUCAUUUACGAAACUGAAGGUUCCCUCGUGUCAAGGUCUGGAACUGUGGUUGAUGGGAACGCUGGGCCUAUAACUGGAGAUGAGACGGUACCCUAUCAUUCACUCUCUUGGUGCAAGAAUUGGCUCGGACCUAAAGUCAACAUAACAAUGGCUCCCCAGCCAGAACACGAUGGAAGUGAUGUACAAAUCGAAUUGAAUGUUGAACAUGAGCAUGGGUCAGACAUCAUAGCGAACAUGACAAAAGCACCAAGGGUGAAAUACAUAACUUUCUACGAAGACUCUGAGAGCAUUCCAGGAAAGAGAACGGCAGUGUGGGAGCUUGAUAAAGCGAAUCACAGGAACAUCGUUAGAUCUCCAGUUCUUAUGAGAGAGUUAUGGCUUCAGAUGUGGCAUGACAUUCAACCUGGUGCAAAGUCCAAAUUUGUCACCAAAGCCAAGCGCGGGCCACUUAGGGAUGCGGAUUGCUACUGGGAUUACGGCAAAGCCUGUUGUGCUUGGCAAGAAUACUGUGAAUACAGAUACAGUUUUGGGGAUGUUCACCUAGGACAAAGUUGUAGAUUGAGAAACACAUCUGCUAAUAUGCUGCUUCAGUACAUAUAGAUCUCCUUGUUCAGGUCACAAUAAUUCCUUCCUCUUAAUUUUUCCCUCCUAGUAAGAGGAAAAAAAAGCUUAUAAACGUUGAAUUCUUAUUGGUCUCUCUCUAUAUCUACACUUUUGCCUUCUCACGCAAAGAUAUUGUUUUGUGAUUUGUAGCUAGAGUGCAGUUACUUUGAAUUUUACGGCUAAACCCAUAUUAAAAAGGUAUUUUUGUUAAUUACACCUGCUAAGGUAGUAAAACCCAUCUGCUCUAGCUUUCGGUGUUCACAAAACCGUUUGAAGUUUAGUUGCAUUUGAAUUCCCAAGUGUUUGGUUGUUUCAGAUGCAAACCUUUGAGCUGUUAGUCAAUGAUAAACAUACUUUUAUAUACGGGCAAAUCUCCAAAAUAGCACCUUUCUAAGUUUAUAUCACAAAAAUAGCACUCAAAAACUAAAAUGACCAAAAUAGCAUUUUAUCUUUUGAAAAAUUUAAAUUUUUUUAUUUUUCAAAAUUUGAAAUCUUAUCCCCAAAACCUCAUUUCUCAACUCUAAAUCCUAAAACCUAAACUCUAAACCCUAAACCCUAAAUUCUAAAUCCUAAACCCACCACUUGAGUGCUAUUUUGGUAUUUUUCUCUUUAUAUAUCACCAGUGAAUUAUUACUAGAUAUGUAAAGAUUCAUGAUCCUUUUUAUUUAUAUAAAUAGAUACAUUUAUAAAUAUUUAUAUUUAUAAUUAAUAGGUGUUAAAGUGUUACUUUUUAAGGUUUUACGUUUUUGAUAAAAAAAAAUUGGGAGAGAGAAGGAACAGAGCAUAAUUAGGUGGGAGAAUUAAAGUUGAUCAGUGGUUUGAUGGUUUGGUUGAACAUGAGUUUUGAGCUUUUCUACGAGAGUUCAUACUUUAUUUAUAUAUAUCGAAAUUAAAUGUUUAGUCAAUUUUAUGGUCCCUCUCAAAUUUGCUACCUUUUAUUAAAUUGUAGACAUGCAUUAUUUUCGUGGUGUUUUAUAUAUAUAUAUAUAUAUUUUUUUUUUUGGUCUAAGGUUGGCAUUAUUCUCUCAGUCAGUUGGAUGAAAGGUGGCAAACUUAAUGCCUAACUAUCCAAAACCCAAACAGAUUGCAUACUCUCACGUCUAUCAAAUCUCUGUUUAAGCUCUUUGUUAGCUAUGCAAUAAUUAAGGAUUGUAGUUUAUAUGAAAUUUGAGAUACCUAUAUGUAUUUGCCUCCAUUUUCAUCAUUAUGUCACCAGUUUUUUAAUUAACAUAUAAUCAAAUUUCUUCAAAUAGAUGUUAAAUACUGAACUUUAUAACUAUAAAUUUGAUUGUGACAAAAAAAUAUGAGAAGUUAUUUCAUAUAUAAAUUUAGAUUUUACUUUUAGACUCUUAUAUAUUUAGCUUUGCACUAUAUAUAUAUAUGAUUACUACAUCCUACUUGUCAAUUGAUUGAGGUCGGGCCUUGCAGUUAUUAUUGUCUAUUAUAUGUUUUUUGGUCAUAAUAGUAUGAAUUUUUUACAACAACAUAAAUCCUAAAACGAAACUCAAACCAAUUACAAAAUAUAUAAACAAAUCAGAUUUUACAGUCAUUAAGCUGUUGGUUAAGUUUUGUAUUAAGUUGAUCAUUUCUUGAAUUUGAUAGUGUAGUAGGUGAUAAAUGAAUGAAAACGUAAACCAGGAAAAAGUCAUAACUGAAUCAAUAUUAUUUCUCCUGUUAUAUUUAGUGUGUGUGCGCGUCUCUUCAUUUACAUAUAACCACAAACAGAAAGGGUUAAUUUUGACUAACGAAAUUAAUUGUAUUGUAAUGAUCUUGUGCCUACACGCAACAAAGUUGCAAGGCUUGUGGAAUAAAGUAUAGUAAAAGAUAAUGUAUAAACGUGUUCUAAUCAAAAUAUAAUUUUUUUGAAUAGAAUUUAUUCUUCAUCCAACCGCAUUACGAAGUAACAGACUCGUUAAAAAAUGUAUAAUAUGUAUAAAUGAUCGCAUUGUCAUUUAAAUGAUAGUCAUCAGACCUUAUACAUGCCGUACAAUGAUUAGAAUUGCUCAAAUUACUAAUAAAAACUUAAUUUGGGAAAAUAAAUAAGUAGUGGUUUGUUGCCUAAGUAUGAAAAAGAAGUUAUUCAUAUCAUAAUCAUAUUAGAAUUUAACUGAAGACAGAUUAGCAUAUAAAUUGAUAUCUAAAAGUCAUCUUUUAUGAUUUUACAAGGAUUGGAUACCGAGUCCUGUAAUUUAGAUAUUUAUCACUUAGUCCUAUAAGCUUUAUGCCAAAAAAAGCGAGUUUUUUAGAUAAAUAUGAUUCCUUAUAAAUUAUAAUUCUACAAUUAUCAAAAAAGGAUAAUUCAGUCAAUUCCUCUUUGAUGGUAACCCAAAAUUGAAGAAACGGUAAAGGAAAAAAGGGUAAUCUAGUCAAUUCAGGUUGAGUGGCACUUUAGUGAUUUCCUAGAACGUCAAGGGGAAUCUAAGCACCCCGCCUCUAUAAAUUGUCAUAUUCUACCCAUUCCCGUGACCUUUCUGAUAUCCAAUCUAAUCCUUUCUCCCAAUCUAUUUUCCUUUCUCCUUCUCUCUCUAGACGCUCCGAUUAUAUCCUCGGAAACAAAAAACUAAAAAUCCAUAAUUUUUUUCCUUUUUUCACCCGAAUAUUUUGAUUUUACUGUUUUACGGCAGUUAAACUUUUUUUCUUGCGUUGGGUGCUGACGUGGCAUGCAUUCAAUAGAGAAGCACCAUGAACACCAAAACGAUGCGUUUACCCCCACGUCGCGUUCUAACGACCGAAAAGCGCAAAGAAAGAGACGGCGUUAUCUCCUCCGUCGCGAAGCCGCCGGAAUCCACCGUGACGAAGUUUCCUCCACCGCCGAAUCUUGCUCCUCCGACGGUUAAUUCCAUUUCCAAGAAAGCUCUAAUCGCAGCCGAGCCGGUCGGCUCGAACCAGCUAAUGUUAGCCGGUUACUUGAGUCACGAGUUUCUCACCAACGGCACACUCUUCGGGGAGCAAUGGAAUCCGGCUCGAGCCCAAGCCGGUCCACCCGAGCCAAAGAAGGUAAAGCCGAACCAUGCAGUUGAGCCGGUUGAGGAAAGUGAGCCGAAACGGAAGCGGUACAUGGAAGUCGCUAAUCUCCUCAGGUCAGAUGGGGCCCACAUGCCCGGCAUCGUCAAUCCUGCCCAGCUUGCCCGAUUCCUCAAACUGUGAUCGGCGUAAUCCGGCGUACACGUGGAUGCGGAUCAUUGGUCCGUCCCCCAGCAAGCAAGACAGCCCUAAAACCAGAAUCCGCCGCUCCUCUCUCUCUCUAUCCUUUUUUGUUUUGUUUCAAAUCUUCUCGUAUGUAAAGCGCUGACUCUCUCUCUCUAUCGCUCUCUUUCAUCGUCUUCUUCCUCGAAAUCGAUCGAGAAAGUCUAGAGUUUGUUGCGAGUAAGCAGUACUCUGAAUCGUGACCAUAGGAUUAACACCAAGAGCCGUAGGCAAAACACUCGCAUCACAUACAAACAAACCCUCCGCCUCCCAGCUCUCUCCGUAUCCAUCAACAGCUCCUUCCUCCUCCGUCGCGCCCAUACGGCAACACCCCAUCUGAUGCGCCGUGAACGAAUGAGUCCACCGCCUACUCAUCGACACAACUCCAGCCGGCGCAUCCACCGUCUCCAAAAACUUCUCCAGAUCCUCCUCCUUGACUCCAUCGCACUUCAACCUCUGCCCAUCGCUCCUAUACGUCCCCACCUCCUCCGCUCCCGCAGCCACCAAGAUCCGUAACGCUCGUCUCAACCCCGUCGUCAGAUUCUCUUCAUCCGCUUUCGUUAAUUUGUAUUUAACAAUCCCUCCCUUUACUUCCCCGACGCCUUCGUCUCUAACCAUUACGAAAAUGUGAGACGUUCUUGAAUAUUUUGCUAAUCUCUCCUUAAUGUCUUUCCCAGAGACCCACGGGAUGAGAGCCGCGAAGGUCCCUGGACCUAACGCUGGAGUUUCCAGCGUUAUGUUUGGGGUUGUAGAGUCUAUUUCGAAUACGUAGUGUAACGAAGUCAUGAUCUCUCCCUCGUGAGCUGCUCCGUUGAAGUUCGAGUUUUUCUCAGGGAAGUAUCCCCACGCCAUGAGUAUAGGGUGGAUGUGGAGACCCCGACCGAUGUUUGGAUUCUUCAACCCGCUUGAAGAUAACAGCCCCGGUGUCAUUAGUGAGCCGCAAGCUACAACUGUCACUUUAGCAUUGAUCUCAAUCUUAUUAAUUGUUGUGUUUGAUAUUGAAACUGUGACUCCCAAGCAUCUUUUUUUUCUUCGUCCACUCUCUGUUUCAGCAAAGAUCAGCUUAUCGGCCCUGCACUGUGUUAGGAUAACAGCAUUGUUGUCAACUGCAUCAACUAACCAUGUUAUAUCCGUUCCUCUCUUAUCACCAGUUUUGCAACCGAACGAGCAGCUACCGCAGUAAUGCUCCUCUGACGAAUUCCUCGGCACUACGGUCACAUCCAGCCUGAGCUUUUCGCAGCCUUUACGCAGUAUCUGGUUCUGAAAACCUUCUCUGAUGACUUUAUCGGUGACGCAUAUUCUCUUGCAAACACUUUCCAUAGCAGCUGUGUAUCCCUCUCUAGCGAAUGUUGCGAUCCCUCUAUCAACUGACCAUUCUUCGAUGAUCGCGUCAGGUGUUUUCAACGAAGCCGCCCAGUUUACAACCGACCCGCCGCCGAGAGUUGACCCCGCCAUGAACCUGAACCUCCCGUCGUGUGUCAUCAGCAACCCGUUGGCUUCGAACAUCUCGAACAUGGAAGGGCCUUCGAGUGUUGAGUAGUCUUGCGGCACGAAGUAGUUCCCUUUCUCGACGACUAUUACCUUAAGGCCUGACUUCGCUAGGUUCGCUGCUGCGACUCCUCCUCCGCAGCCGGAGCCUAUUACCACUGCAUCGCACUCGAUCUUGAAAGUGUUGCUUUCUUUGUCCUCUUUGAGUUUAAGUCCUUUGUUGAUCAUGAGUUGCUUGAUGGUUGCCUCGUCUUCUUUUGCGGUCUCGAUGAUCCCUUUCUCUAGAGGCCUUUGCUUGCGUUCAAUGUCCUCGUUUUCACCUAUGUCCACCUUGUAGCCAAUUGCAUCCCAUGCCGGGUUCUCUGUAUUUUCAUUUGUCUGUUCAUGUGUAUUGAGUUAGUUUAUUAUACCAUGUUAUUGAAUAGAACAACACAUCAUCAUAACCAAACCAAUACACUUGAAUUUAAAGUAUAUUAUUCAGAUGA